AUGGCCAAUCGGAACGUAUUUACCAGCUAUAAGAGACUGGAGGAAGCCUUGGAAUCAAUUAUGGCUGAUGAAAGCAAUGAUGAAGAGUACGAUAUGGUAUUAGUGCCACCAGAUCCGGCUGUGGUGAGUGAUGAGGAAGAAGGUAAUGAAGAUAAUUUGGCGGCUUCAAGAUUCCCUAUGGAUGUUCCAGGGACUAUUGCGGUAGGUCGGCGUCAUCCUGACUACGAUGUUUCGGAAUUGAGCGACAGUGAUGAUGAGCCGCUAAGACCUAUUCCUGCAAAACGUGCCAAAAAAUGUGAUGUACAUUUACCUGUAUGGAGGAAAACUCAGCCAACCUAUAGUUCUACUUAUGAAAUUACCGAUAUCAUACAAAAGAGACAAAAAUACGUUGUUGAAAGCUUAGCAGACUGCAAUCCCGUAAUGUUGUUUGAAAAAAUAUUUGAUCAUGACGUAAUGGAUUUGAUAACAACUAACAGUGUCUUGUACGCUAAUCAAAAUAAUAGGCAUGGUUUUGAACUUGAUAGUGCAUGUUUGAAAAAAUUUUUUGGUGUACUGAUACUGACCGGUUACCAUGAAUUGCCAUCUGAACGUGCUUACUGGAGUUUGGAUGAAGACCUUGGUGUUCCAUUGAUUGCUAAUUGUAUGUCACGCAAUAGGUUUUUGGAGAUAAAAAGAAAUCUUCAUUUUGUGGAUAACGGUCUAAUAGAUGGGUCGAAAGAUAAAAUGAUCAAACUCAGAUCAUUAUGCCAUUUGAUUCAGCGAAACUCUAGUCAGUGGGGUGUAUUUCAUGAAAGCUUGUCUGUGGACGAGUCCAUGAUCAAAUAUUUUGGGCGUCAUCCAUCAAAACAAUUUAUACAAGGAAAGCCUGUAAGAUUUGGUUAUCGCAAUUGGGCUGCGACAAGUUCAGAUGGUUAUUGCUACGCGUUUGAUGUUUAUUGUGGAAAAUCCACAGAACCUUCUAAUGAUACCCUUGGUGCGAGAGUCGUGAAAUCUUUAUUGGCUAAAAUGCCUAUAGUUCCUAAAGAGCAUAUCGUAUAUUUCGAUAAUUUUUUUACCAAUCAUCAAUUGUUGCUCGAUUUGGGUAGACUAGGUUUUAGAAGUACUGGAACCGUUCGAGAGAAUCGGACGAAGAAAUGUCCCCUGAUCACAGUAAAAAAUAUGAAGAAGAAGCCUAGGGCGGAAUAUGAUUAUAGUUUUGAUAAAAAGAAUGAGAUAACUAUGCACACCUACAUGGCCGUUAACUGCUCCUACAACAGCACACCUACAUGGCUGUUGUGA